AUGGCAACUUCUCCCAACGUGGCCUGCGCGGCUGAUGCCGGUGCCUCACCCUCAAGCAUCCAUCCUUUCCAGAGCUCAUUGGAUCGCCUUGCUAUUUCAAAUCAUGCCACGCCGGGUGCGUUGGAUCACGAUGCCUCAAUUCCAGCCGACCCACGACCUGCCAACCCUCCAUUCGUCUUCCCCGCGAGCCCUGCUUCUCCUUCGACGACACCAGCGUCCAGGCAGCGGCGACGACCUGUUUCCAUGGUAGAUCUUCAAAGCAGGUCUUCAGCUACAGACAUAAACAGGGCUCCCGGGCCUGCUGCACUGCCUCAGUUUAGCUUCAACCCUGGUGCAGCUCUGCCUGCUGACCCUGAUUCGAUGAUGACUCUCAGCCCACCCAUUACGCCAAAUUCAGCGAGACCGAUCCCGUCGCCCUCUCGGCCGGCUGGACAUGGACACCGACGCGGAGGGAGUGAGUUUGUGGGAGGUAGCAUUCGUGAUGGUAGCUCCAUUGCUGUCAUGAGCACCAGCCCAACCAAGUCAGAGAGCGGCUUUCCUUCGCCAGGACUUCACCCACCCCGACGUGGUCAUCGACGUGGUGUUUCUGGUACCAUUUCUACAAACGAUUUGCCUAUUCUUCAUCCACAGCCUGAUUUCUUGAGACAAAAGGGAAGCAGUGCGCCUAAUAGCCCAAUUGCAUUUAAUCCCAGGGAAACUGCUUUGUUACCACUAGAUCACCAACCGUCGCCCCUGCCAGAGCCUGCAAACGCCGUCCCUCUCCAAGCGGCCAACGCCACCGAGGAAAACACAAUCAACAACCACUCGAUAACUGUGCCCACCUCUCCAGCAAGACCUGAGCCAAUCCCAAGACAGUCGCGGCCAGGGCGAGCCCGUGUUGGAUUUUCGGACACUCUAGAAUUUAUUCCCCGGCCACUAUCACUAGUCUCCAGUGAUACAUCAAGCACCGUGACUGCUCGCCCAGGGCACUCCGUGUCGGGCAGUAUAUCUUCACUUGUUUCUGCUGCUUCCCCUGGCCCUCAUGAGAGCCCUGCUCCUCUAACUCGGAGUCCCACCCGUGAGACGGUAGACUCCAGACCAAGCACUGCAGGUGCCAUUUUGGAGCGUACCUCAGAUUUCAAGGCCGUGGCUGCUGGAGUCAACACAUCUCCAAGACGACGGAACUCCAUUCCGACGCUGCUGGAUAUGGCCAGCUCACAAGCCACAGGCGCGCCAUCACCCAGUCCAACAAAGACUCCCAAAAGGUGGUCCUUCUUUGGUUUGGAUCCGUUUAUAAGCUCUGCGCCGGCUUCCAAGCAUCGGUCAUCCAGUUCUGAUUCUUCAGAGUCCGUUUCAAAGACAGUUCCAGGUGGUUUUCCAUCCGAUCAUGAAUCCGAUUCCUCAGGCGAUGAGGCUACUGGAGACAACUCAACCAGCUCGAAAAGGGGACGCAAGAAGGCCAGCAAAAAGAAGAGAGUUAAGGGUUGGGCUGGUUCAAUCUUGCCACUUCGAAGCAACAAGAAGCGAUCCAAGGUGCAUGCAGUUCGCCCGCCCACACCACCUGCAUCGGUGGGCCCGGUUGAGGAUGAAGACGACGAGAAUGAAGCCUUGGAAUCAGCAGAGACCGGAAUAUCGCCCGUACCUGUACCUUCACCUGCACCUCCCGUUCUUACGAUAACUGAGUCACCACCACUGGAGGAGCCUAGUGCUCCUAAGCAGCGGUCCGAGGAGGAGAGCGCGUAUCCUAUGAUCGAUCUAGAUGCUGCUCUUGGUCCUUUCAACACCCCUCUGCCUCAUAACCCGGAGUGGGACGCAGCACAGCGGGCUGCUGGCAAUGUCAACAAGCGGCGUCUACACAGCGCUCAAGGGUUGAAAGGGUUUAGUGGACCCGGCAUGCAUUAUCAUCGCCGAGCUGAAUCCGCGCCCGAUCUGCCGCCUUUCGAUCCUGGUCGGGCCGGCAUUCAUCGGUUUGGCAGCAGUUCUACAAUGGCAGAUGUGUUCGAAGAAGAUGAGGAAGACGACGUAGGGGAGGGUGAGAUGAAGCCAGAUCAGGAUGAAGAUGGUCCCAAAGCACCUGUGGCCGCAGGCGACGAUGAUUCUGAUGGAGAGAUAACACCGCCAGCAACAGAGCCGGCCCCAGAUUCCUUGGUCCACGACGUCGACGACUUGCCAGCGGCUGCGAUUCGUCGCAGAGCAAGCUCUGGUACCUGCAACACCGACAACUCCGCCUCCGUCCAUGCAGUUCGCACAGAGUGUUCCAGAACAUCGCUUCAUGAAGAGGUCAUUGCUGAAGAGCAUCCAUCCAUCAUUUUCCGGGGCGCUUCAUUGUUCCCUGCUGCGCCAAUCGAUCAACAAGAUUCUGCUUCGUCGUCUCCAAGAUUGCCACAUGGACUUAGAGAGUUGUCACCAGUGGAGGUCAAUCAAACUGUACCCUUAAGCCCCUACUCGACAAGUCACGCUUCUUCCUAUCCGUCUCCCCGGUCACCUAUGUCCAUGGACGCGCAGCGAAUCUCCACUGCUCCCUCAUCUGUCACGGAUGAGACCAGUUUCCACUCACUGCUAAUGGGUGAGCCCGGGCCUGAAGUGCGAAUAUCAGUCGACUACGACAUCCCUUCACUGACCUCAAGCACCUCAACAAUGACGAGGGAGAGCGCCUUUAUUCCCAACGCACGCAUGUCACAACCGAGCCUCCGCGAGCAACGCCCAUCAUCGGUCUCGUCAGCCGCAUUCGGACGUCGUCGGUCAAGUCUGGUAUCCCUGAGCAGGCUUAUCAGCAGCUCCCAUGGUGAAAGGAGCAAGCUAUCCAUGGAAGUGACGUUGGAUAACGAGACUGAGGGCAAAAGAAGUCGAUCGAAGAGCAGCAAGACAAAACGACUUGGUCGAAUGAUGCAGUUUUGGAAGCCGAGCAAAGAGCCAGGCCCAACCUGA